AUGUCUCGACCUGGCAUUGAAAUUCCUUCUGUUCGGACCCCGAUGAGGACUCCGGGCCGCCUAACAGCUUUGCUUCUUCCCAACUCCAACUUCUUCCUCUACUCGCCGAUUUUGCAAAUGGCCACAGAUUUCUGGGAGAGCUCAUACUACAAAAGAUGGAUCGUCGACCGGGUGGUGUUAAAGCAUGCAAGAGAUGAAGACCUCCAGUACAUUGACCAUCCAGAACAUCUCGACUUUUUGGCCAUGUAUUUCGCCAAUUUGAUAACGAAACUCGGAAAGAAGCUUCAAUUUCGCCAGCGAGUAAUUGCAACGGCCACGGUGUUCUUCCGGCGGUUCUAUCUCAAGAACUCAUACUGCGAAACCGACCCAUUCACGGUGUUAGCCGCCUGCUGCUACCUAGCAGCGAAAGCCGAGGAGUCACCUGCACACAUCAAGACGGUUGUCGCAGAGUCGCGCACGGUGUUCAGUCAAGAGAGCUACAACACCAGAAGCUUCUCGCUAGACCAUGCGAAGAUCGCAGAGAUGGAAUUUUAUCUUAUUGACGACCUCGAAGGCGACCUGAUCAUUUUUCAUCCAUAUCGAACGCUGCUCUCACUAUGCAAGAAGGAGACACCCAACCAUACAUUGUCGUCGAGUGCAGAACAAGGGAGGGUACAUAAAAUGGAAACCAAGGAUAAAGAUUCUGGAGACGGCCGGCUAGAGUUGACACCAGCCGCCCUACAAACUGCUUGGUCGAUUAUCAACGAUACAUACAGGUCGCAAUUAUGCCUUCUUCAUCCACCUCACCUCAUCGCUGUUGCCGCCAUCUACCUCACCUUCAUUCUUCACCCGACAGGGCAGCCAGUUCCCACUCAGAAAUCCGACCAGGAUCAUGCAAAGGACGCCGAUCCAGAAGAGCCCACGGGGGCCAGCCAGCCUCGGCGAUCGUCUCGCCAGGCUAGCAAUACAUGCUCUCAGCGAGGAUUCCUGGAGGAGGACCAAGACCCAGUCGCUUUCCUUGCCCACCUGAACGUCUCCCUUCCGGCAGUGGCUUCCAUCGCUCAAGAUAUCAUCUCGUUGUAUGCGCUUUGGGACAGAUACAAGGAAGAUAUAUCUCCCGAAGCUUCGAAGCUUAACUGCGAGCUCGUCGACUCAUCCGGCACGACCAGCACAUGGGCAAAGGCAAGCGGUAACAGCAGCCUAGGUCAAGCCGUCGAUCAUGAUGCAGGUUACGUUACCCCUGCCAUCUUGUCGUCGGUGCUGCAGCGCAUCCGAGAGAGGAAGUGGGUGGACGCAACCCGUGGGUCUGUCGCAGUCAACAAAAGACUUCAACGGGCGCUGGCAGCUGGCUAG